UCUCCUCAGUCUCCUGGCAGUAUGUCGUCAAGGCGUUUGACAAACAGAAACACCAAUCGGUACAGUGUUACCGCGCUGUUCAGCAUGGCGGCUGAGCAAGACGUAGAGGUCGAGGAUGAGCUGGGUCGAGCACAAAAGCGGCUGAGAGAACUCAAGUCGCGCAUAUCUGCGCAGUCAAAACGCAACUUUGUGCUCGAACGCGAUGUCCGCUUUCUCGACUCUCGAAUCGGCUUACUCAUCCAGAACCGAAUGGCCCUCGAUGAGCAAAACGAAGUUGAGAAACAUCUUGAAGAGGUGGACGCGACUGAGGGCCAUUACCCUGACGACCGGAAGCUGCAACAAUACUCAAACCUAUUCUUCCUGCUCCAGUCCGAGCCACGACAUAUUGCCAAUCUAUGUCGGCUAGUCAGCCUGACCGAGAUUGACACUCUUCUGCAGACGGUCAUGUUCACAUUAUACGGAAACCAGUACGAGAGCCGCGAGGAACAUUUGCUGUUGACGAUGUUCCAGUCUGUGCUCUCCUCGCAGUUCGAGACUGCUACCGAGUUCGGCUCUCUAUUACGUGCUAAUACCCCUGUUUCACGCAUGAUGACGACCUAUACUCGCCGCGGGCCCGGACAGAGCUAUCUCAAGAGCGUGCUUGCGGAACGCAUCAACAGUCUCAUCGAACACAAGGACCUGAAUCUGGAGAUCAACCCGGUCAAGGUCUACGAACAAAUGAUAGUGCAGAUUGAGGAAGAGACUGGUUCUCUUCCGCCCAACUUGCCUCGCGGUGUAGCUCCCGAGGUUGCGGCGGCAAAUCCGGACGUGCAAGCGAUCAUCGCACCGCGGUUGACGAUGCUCAUGGAGAUUGCAAACAGCUUCUUGCUCACGAUUAUCGACAGCAUGGAGAGUGUGCCGUAUGGUAUUCGGUGGAUCUGCAAGCAGAUUAGGAGUCUCACACGACGGAAGUAUCCAGAAGCGACAGAUUACGCCAUCUGCUCGCUGAUUGGCGGCUUCUUCUUCCUACGCUUCAUCAACCCUGCCAUUGUUACGCCGCAGGCUUACAUGUUAGUUGAGGGUGUACCGGCGAAAUUCCCCAGACGAACCUUGACUUUGAUUGCGAAGAUGCUACAGAAUCUCGCGAACAAACCUUCAUACGCAAAAGAGGCGUACAUGAUCACCUUGAACCCGUUCGUUGAGAACAACAAGGCUCGCAUCAAUCAAUUCCUAAACAAUCUAUGCGAAGUUGGAGAUUUUUAUGAUACACUUGAGAUGGAUCAAUACAUGGCUUUGUCGAAGAAAGACCUCAUGAUCAACAUCACGCUCAAUGAGUUGUACAAUACGCAUUCUCUUAUCCUUCAACAUAUCGAAGUGCUGGCACCAAACGAGAAGCAGCACCUCCGCAUUCUAACUGAUGAGCUUGGAGCAGCACCUUCACAAGUGCCUCGCAAGGAGAAUCGCGCGAUCGAGCUACAGCUCUACAGCCGCUGGGAGACACCCAUCCAGGAUAUCCAGAGUGCCCUCAUGGACUCUGUCUCUACAACAGACAUGCUGUACAUGGAGGCCAAGUCCAAUCUCGUCCAGCUUAUCCGUUCCCUUCCGCCAUCAGACACUAAACGUCCCCUUAACCUGGCCGCGCUAGCGGAGCGCGCUGCGACGACUAAGGAUGCGACGCUCGUGCGUAAGGGCAUCAAAGUCAAGGAGAUGCUACGGGAGCUCGAGGAGUACAAGAUCAUCGAGCGCGCCGACGGCUAUAGACUCAUGCAAGAGGAGGUAUCUGCGGAGCUCGUGCACCUCGGAAACCUGCGCGAGAAGGUCAUCCAGGAGGCGAAGUCGCUAGAGGCCGUGUACAAGACAAUCUGUGACCACAACAACUACCUCCGCACGCAGCUCGAGCAGUACAAGGCGUAUUUGCAGAACGUUCGUCUCACCGCGACGAAGGACAAGGGUGCGACGACGGGUGUCGGCGUCGUUACUGUCGGCGGGAAGGAGAAGAAGCCGGCGAAACCGAUUGUACAUGGGCCGUAUCGGUUUACCCAUGCGCAAUUGGAGAAGGAGGGAAUCAUUGUGGAGAGCAAUGUCCCCGAUAACCGACGACCUAACAUCUAUUUCAACUUCACAUCGCCAACGCCGGGCACAUUCAUCAUUGCGCUACACUACAAAGGUCGCGAGAAGGCUAUCCUAGAAAUGGACCUCAACAUCGAUGAUCUUCUUGAGAAGCAAAAGGACAAUAAGCAUCUCCUAGACCUCGAAUACGUGCAGCUCAACGUGCCGAAAGUCCUCGGUCUGCUCAACAAGAUCUUUGCUAAGCGAUGACCGUUCGUCGCUCCGCACGGGGCGCCCGUACUUCGUUCUUCAGCCCCAGCCUUUCCGCUAUUUAUCACGAUCAUUAUGCAUUUGUACGCCCUGUCCCGUCUUUUCGUACUCUGCCCUCUGCAAUCCGCGACCCACCGCCCGCCUCUCCCUCUCUCUCCCUCCGACUCCGUCUCAUCUUGUGCCGUUCUGUCUCCUUAUCCGUUACCUGGCUCUGCUGAUACCUUUGUCUUCCUCUUGGUCGGAAUUCGGCUUCUGUAUAUCCCGCCACUCAUUAGGUUGUAUUAUCGAUCGCUCCUGUAUGCAUGUCCCAGGACAUUAAUCCGUUGUC